UUACAGAUGAGUUCAGUGCAAGAGGAGAAGCCACCAGAGCCAGCAAAGGCAGUCCGCGAGCUUCGCAACGCUGAGCUAGUCUCACGGCUGCUCGCUGCGACGCCGCCAUACUUGUACAGCUCCUUUCCACUGCAGCCACAUGCCUUCUUCUUCAGUGAGAUGCUGCGGUCUUUUGUCACGCGCCAGCCGAGGCCUAACCACUACCACAGGAGAUUCAAACGACGAUCACACAAAUAUUUCGCUGAAAAUGACGAGUGGCGGCGAGACUGGCCAAAGCAGGAGGAUGAAAAAAAGGAGCCAGAAACACGGCCCGAAGUUCCUUUAGAGUUAACUGUGGAGAAGCACCCUCGCGUACCUUCUCCGAGGAGAUUAUCGCCGAAGAUUGAACAGAAACCCAGCAGCAGCCCACCUCCCGGCCGACAGUCGUCUUUCGUCGAUGUAGGCACGGAAGAACUCCCCAAACCCUCGCCCUGCGUCGGCAGAGCUGACGCCGUCCCUUCAAACCUCAUCCUACCCCCGCCCCCACCGAUGUGGUAUCCGCCCAUCUACAACCCCCAAUUCGGCGUAGACCCUUUAAACUUUUUCAUAGACCUACGUGUCUCUGGACAUAUAUAUGAUAGAAAACGCGCCUUGGCCGAAGGUUUGGACAAUAUUAGCCAAGAACGACCAGAAGAUUCCGGCUUAGACAAAAGAUUAGGCAGGGAUUUUGGGAUGAAACCACGCCACGUCUCUGCGUUCUCCGUCCCAGUUAGACCAGGGAACAUCGCCCCUGAAGUACCAACGAAAUACUUUGACCAGAACGGCACUAACAAACAGGGUAAAAUCAACGGGACGUCGUAUAUAAUGAAGAAUUUGAAAAACGUUUAUGAAAAUUUGAAAAGCUCUCAAGAUGUAAAAGACGUCUCCAAGGUAGAUAAGGAUGAAGAUACGAAAGCCGAGUCCUCAGAUAUUGAUGACGAUAUAAUAGAUUAG